ACACGUGUCAAAACUCUAAGUGGAUAGGCUAUAGCAGCAGAAGACAUUAUAAGUCAAAAAUAAUAAUUCUAAUAAAUAGCUAAUAAAGUGCGUACUGAGUGCCUGUUCUUCGAACAUGGGAUGUUAUUUUUCAGGUUAGUGGCCGACCUUUGACAUGAUGUACAGCAUUAUUAUAGUAACUUUUUUUCCUGCCUUCCCCUGCAGAGCAUGAGGCAAAAAUGAGCUGUGGCCAAAAGAAUGAGCCUGAGGAGAGGCCGGCCAGCGACGAGCUGGAGUGUAAGAUCUGCUACCAGCGCUUCAACGCCCACAACCGCAAGCCCAAGAUCCUGGACUGCCUGCACCGGGUGUGCGCCCGCUGCCUCAACAAGAUCCUGGACAUGGGCGACGGCUCGCAGUUCAUCAGCUGCCCGUUCUGCCGGCACGAGACCGAGGUCUCCGAGUACGAGGUGGCCGGGCUGCCCGACGACUCCAACAUCAUGUCCCGGCUGGCCACCAGGGACAAGUCCUGGAGCUCGGACAGCAAAGAGGUGGUCCUCACCCCCAAGACCCUGUCCUCCUCCAGCCCCUCGCACGACUCCUCCAACUGCCUGGUGAUCACCAUCAUGGAGGUGCAGAGGGACCUGCAGCGCUCGCCCAGCAGGAACGGCAGCUCGGACUACUACGCCGAGCAGAGCCUGGACUCCGUAUCGGUGGCCUCCAACAGCCAGGCGGAGCAGGACGUCCUGUCCAAGCUCUGCAGCCACGUGCCCCGGAUACUGGUGUGGCUGCUGGGCUUCUUCUACUUCGGCUCCCUGCCUCUGGGGAUUUACCUGCUGGUGAUCCAGAGAGUGACGCUGGGCAUCGUGUGCGUGAGCCUGGUGCCCUCCAGCCUGACUGUGUGCCUGGUGUACGGGUUCUGCCAGUGCCUGUGCCAGGGCAUGUGCGACUGUGCCUCCCGGAGCUGACUAUGCCGGGCGCUGUGCCAGGCCCUGACUCCCCUCAGCUUCACGUACGAGGCCGAGACGCAGAGUACCUCCAACAACACCGACCCGCUUUCAUUCAUGCUUUAGAACAACAACAACAAAAACCGGGCGGAGAUUCCUCUCCCCAACACCUCUCCCAUGAGAUGUCAUAAUGUCAGUUGUCAAGGUGUAGACUGGGAUUUAACACACUGAGCACUCCUUAAGAGUAAUGUAACCUGGUAAGAUGCACUUUAGUAUUUGCACUUAUUAGUAUUACAUUGUGGAUGAGUACUGUGGUUUCACUGUUAAUCCCGGGAUGAUGUAAUGUGUUAUUUAUGCCCUGAAGUAGUCGACUUUGUCGUUUUUUCUUUACAAUUUCACAAAUCUGAUCCGCUUCAGGCCGAACUUUGAGAUCUGCAAAGUGGUCUCAAAGAGGACCUCUGCCUUAAGAGGAAAGAGGAACUACCUACGGCAGACUACCACAGAAAUAAAAUGAGGUUUUCUAAAAUAGUUUUUGUAUUCAUUUAUAAAAUCCAGCGCAGAAUUAUACAUUCAAAUGGUUUCAUAAUGAAGUUUAUUUGUGUGUUGCUGUUCUAAAUAGUGACUUGUCUGCUGUUAAAAAAAAAAAUCAAUGGAAAAUUCAUAGCAAUCAUUCACAUGCCAACAUUGACAUUUUAGGUUCUUCUAAAUGUUUGAUGUUAAAACUGUGAACACUAGAAUGUUUGCCUAUUCUUAAAUAAUUUUUAACACUUUCAUCUGAAAUAAUAUGCAAUGAUUUGAAAAUGUAUGGACUUGAAACUAUUUUUUGCUUCUCUUGGAAAUAGAAUUAUACACAGGAAACCAGAACAUGAUUAAACAAAUUAAAUUUUCAUGGACCAAACCAAAA